AGCGGCGGUCGGUUCCACAAAUUCCUCCAGAGAUCAGUUUCCCCUGGAAAGUUUCGGCAGCGGCGACCAUGUCAUCUCCAUGCGCCCAUUGUUUACCUAUGACAGCUUACGCACACCUUGCACUCUUCCCAGCACGCCUUUCGCCUGUUCGUUGCUAAGACGCACAGCAACUCCGCUAUCGGACGACAGUCGGCCUCCUCCUCACGCAAUUGCUCCGCGCCAAAAUUGGCACUGUCUUCUGUCAGCACAGUCUCGAACAACUGCGGGGGGGGCUACCGCCCCCCCCGGACCCCCCCCGCGUUUAAUAUGUACUGACCUGGCCUAACCCAACCUCACUAUACUUCGUUUAGUGAGGGAAGCCAAGCUCUAUGGCUGAUGCGUAGGAGUACCACAAAUGAUACCCGUCGAGAUCUAGUGCUUUCAUUGUGCAUUCUUGGCAACGAGCGAGAGGGAACAGGCGAAAUGCAUGCUGGGAAGAGUGCGAGGUGUGCGUAAGCUGUCAUACGUAAACAAUGGGCGCAUGGAGAUGACAUGGUCGCCGCUGCCGAAACUUUCCAGGGGAAACUGAUCUCUGGAGGAAUUUGUGGAACCGACCGCCGCUUGAUUAUUCUGGAUUACGAUGCACCAUGCAAAAUUCUAUGCAGGAAAAAGAAGUCCAAGCAAUAUUUCGUCAGGAACUUCUCUCCAACACCUCUUCAGUUUCAACGUGGCUGACCCUUUAAUAAACGCACUCCACAUUAAAGAAGAGGCAAGAGAUUCUUGUGACUUCGAGUCAUCACGUGCCAGGCCCUUUGGAAUCACAACUCCAAGAAAAUGCUGUUCUCUCUGGAGUUCCGCGAUCAGCCCGUGAGAGUGAAAUCGGAACCACCUGAUGUUGCAUGCCUGCCACAACAGGGCCAGGUACAUCAACAGCACUGUGGAGUGACAGCUGGGACGUGUGACAUUAAAGAAGAACCUCGAGAGGAAUCUUCAAAGGAACAUGCAAUCGUGGAAGUCAAAACGGAGCCUUAUCACGUUACGAUCUUGACUGGACAGGACCAAAUGGGACGCAAGUGUGAUUCAACAUCAGAAGGAGUGACAGCUGGGACAUGUCCUAUUAAGGAAGAACCUCGAGAGGAAUCUUCAAAUGAAGAUCCAAUCAUAGAAGUGAAAACAGAGGCUUACAAUGUUCCAGUCUUGGCAGAAGAGGAACAGAUGUGCUGUGACCCAACAUCAGAAGAGUUCUUCCAGAGCACAGACCUGCAGCAUCACAAGAGGACCCGCACAGGCCAGAAGCCAUACAAGUGUGAUGUCUGCCCUGCAGAGUCCUGCCGGGUCUCGGAUCUACGGGAUCACAAGCGGAGGCACACGGGCGAGAAGCCACACAAGUGUGAUGUCUGCCCUGCAGAGUUCCGCUGGAUCUCGGAUCUACGGGAUCACAAGUGGACACACACGGGCGAGAAGCCGCACAAGUGUGAUGUCUGCCCUGCAGAGUUCUGCCGGAUCUCGCAUCUACGGGAUCACAAGCGGAGGCACACAGGCGAGAAGCCACACAAGUGUGAUGUCUGCCCUGCAGAGUUCUACCGGCUCUGGAAUCUACGGGAGCACAAGCGGAAACACACGGGCGAGAAGCCAUACAAGUGCGACCUCUGUCCUGCAGAGUUCAGCUGGAGCCGGGGCCUACUGCAUCACAAGCAGACACAUAUGAGUGAGAAGCCAUACAAGUGUGAUGUCUGCCCUGCGGAGUUCAGGCACAGUGUGCGUCUAAAGGUUCAUAAGCGGACACACACGGGUGAGAAGCCAUACAGGUGCAAUGUCUGCCCUGCGGAGUUCAGGCACAGUGUGCGUCUAAAGGUUCAUAAGCGGACACACACGGGUGAGAAGUCAUACAAGUGCAAUGUCUGCCCUGCGGAGUUCAGGCACAGUGUGCGUCUAAAGGUUCAUAAGCGGACACACACGGGUGAGAAGCCAUACAAGUGCAAUGUCUGUGCUGCAGCGUUCAGCCGGAAUGACUGCCUACAGCAGCACAAGCAGACACACACGGGUGAGAAGCCGUACAAGUGCGAUGUCUGCCCUGCAGAGUUCAGCCAGACCAGGUACCUUAAGCAUCACAAGCGGACACACAUGGGUGAGCAGCCAUAGAAGCGCGACCUCAUCCUGCAAAAAUCAGCCACAGCGUCGAGUGACAAGCCAUACAGGAGCAUUCUAUAUAUUCCGCAAACUUCAGGCAGAUCACAAAUCUGCCCCUUUGCGAGGGGGCUUUUAUGGAAAUGAAGCCAUACAGUUGCAACUUCUGUCCUGGAGAGUUCAGCCACUGUACACACACACACACACAAGUCAUAGAACAAGCUGCUAACAGAGCAGGAGCUAGUUCAGCCAGUGUGGUUUAAAAAGUAGCCACGAGGUGCCUGGAAUAGCAACAGUACAAGGUGGAGACUGUGUACACAAGAAAGAGGCCAUCCAAGGAUCAAUUCUGUUGUCCUGAGUGCGGAGGCCUGAAGAAGCACGUGGUCAUGCGCAGAGGGGGAAGGCUGUACAGACGCAUUUUGCACCCCACAUUUCAUUUUUGUCGGAUGUUGUGAAACUCACACGCAUGAACGGACUGAGGUUGACGAAGAGUUGGACUGGUGUUGGAUUGGGUGGUGAUGCAUGUGAAAUAUCAGGAAACCCAGCGUCAGGUGGCUGAUGUCUAUGGAACAGUCACUGCGAGACAAUUCUGUGUGUCAAGAGAGAUUAAAAGCAGCCGUGUGUUUAGUGUGUCAGGUAGCAUUAGUGUUAUAGGGAAUGUGUGACAAACUGGUGGCGCCAUGAUGUGACCUCCAGAGAAACUACCUUGCGUGUGAAGUGCGAGCGUCUUUUCCUUACCACACUGGAACUGUUGCAUUUCUAAGUCUUCAAGCACCUGAAAGAACCCAUGAAUAGGGAAGAGAUGUUUCGUUUCUCGUGAUAUCUAAGCUUCGAAUCGGAGCUCGGAACCGUUAUUUUCUGGGGUUCUGUUCAAGUUCUGGUUCAAGGUUAUUGGUUUGGUUUGGGUUCAGUGCAACCAAAAUACUGGUUUGAACUGAUAUUAAUCGGUUCGAACCGGCUUACCUGUGCUGUUCUAGUCAGUGUAACCGUUCCUGGUUGGCUAUCACCGUUGGAGACACGAUCCUGAUAGGCCGACUCUUAGUACUAGUUAACGUCACGUCGACAAAUAUGCAGGCUUUCUUUGUGUAGGUUGCGUUGCCACAUUGAUUCGUCACAUAGCACGAAGCGUCCUUAAAACAGGUCCCAGCUUACGUCUAAGUUUUGGGUGCAUGACCUCGUUUUUGAAACAACUUGAGCAAGGGCCCAAUACCAAAUUUUCCUGUCUCCCGUUCCACCUCGCUCACUCAACCAGCUCCUUUGAUGGCCAAAAGUGGCGACGAAAGUUUUAAAUCUUGUACCGCAACUAUUUCUUUAUUAAAGGGACUAUGAAAUUUCCCGGACCCCCAUACUUUUUUUCGAUGGAAACUGUUCUUCCCGCAGAGAAACUAAUAUGCCACAAUUUUUUCCGGACGAAAUCGCUCCACUCUGCGAGGAGCGCGCGCUGGAAAUGUCUCUUCAGCGUUCCUCCUCUCCCGCGCAUAUUUCCCUGCCGAUGGUGUAACUGUACGGACCGCUCUUCGGUUCCCCGUUACGUCACCGGUGUUGCACAAUGGCAAGUAAUGCCGCGAGCUCGCGCUGUGGCUGCCGCCACUGCCAAAAUCUGCCGAUCGCGCGAAAGCUGCUGUCAUGGAGAUUUCCACUCCCGAUGAACGCAUACGCGGGAACCUACGGCGCAUGCUCCUGGCGGGAUUCCUCGGCUCGGCAACACGUCACGAUGACGUGUUGCUGAGCCGGCCGUGGUCGCGUCAAGUUACCCGUUGUGUCUCCGCUCGGCAGCUCGUCACGGCGCGGCGCCAGCUGUCCUCCCUUCGCCGCUCCGUUUAAAUUCGCUCCCGAGAAAUCCGCUCGCGCGACGAAAGUAAAAUUUCGGUUCUAGACUCAGAAAAAUGUCUUCUUUCGAACGAAACGAAGUAACAAAUCGUUUCAUAGUCCCUUUAAAUGCGUUAGAAUUGGGAGUGUCAAAAUGGGAAAAGCUGUAUGUAUGUGUGUCUGUCCGUGUGUGAGUUGGUGGAGCCGCACUGAGAAAGUGGAAUAAGUGGAUAUGCAAAGGGAAUACAAGGGGAUAAAUACAAAUGGAGGCAAAUUAUUUCAAAUUGAGGUAGUCAAAAGUAAUUAAGAGUAACAGGUCAGAGUGAUCGAAGGUGAUUAGGAGAAAUUAAAACCAAAAGUUUUGUUUAAAAGUAAUUAAUGUAAGAUAUAUGUAAUUAAGGGAUAAGAUUAAGCGAAACUGAAGAAUACUGUAGGUGACCCGAGGUUUUAACAGAGCUAAUGAAGGGCAAUUAAAGGCAGUUGAAAGGGAAUUGAGAGUAAUUAUGGCAAGUAAACUUAAAUGUAAUUAAGGGAAUUCAAGAUUACCUCGUUUAAGCUGCCGAUAUCAAAAUUAAUUAAAGGAGAAUUGAAAGUAACCGAGGGGAAUUAAAGGUCAAUUAAAUGGGCUUGCAUAUAGUAAUUGAAAGUGCCAAAUCAGAAAUAAAGCAAUGGCUAGAGGUGGGCAACCGGAAGUGGAUGCCCGGAAGUGAAGUAUGGCCAAGAAAAAGACUGUUAAUUUUGCUAACGUAUUUUUGUCGCAUUAACCGCUAAAUCGCCAGUGAAUUUAUUUAUUAUUUAUAAAUACUGUUUGCCCUUGACGGGCCAUAACUGGAGCGAUGCAAUCCUCACAUAUUCACUACGAUAAACUUUAAGUACAAUAGCUACAGUGUCAAACGCAAAGUCAAGAGAAGACCUGCAGUUCCUGCAUACGCCAAGAACACUCACCCGUGCAAUGUAGAAGAGAACAAACAGCAAGGGAAAACCAAGAAACAAACAAAUGUAACAUGAGUCUCAUGGAUGCAGUGUUACAUACAGCCUUGAUAAAUGUUGUCAGUGGAACGUUCGCGAAAAGUGUUUUGAGCUACAAUUAGUGAAUCGGUAUUGAAAAACACAGCAGUGUGCAUCAUGCCACGCCUAUACAGAACACAACGAUUGAACCCGUUUGAAAUCCACACGCGCACGAUAGGUAAUUGCGCGCUUCUCCUGCGGUAACCAGCCUUGAUGGUUGCAGGAAGCUUGUGUAGUUGAAAGGACAGAAUAAUGUGCUGUUGCGAUUUCUUUACCGUCCCGACGCAUCACUAUUCGGUUUGCUGCCACGACACCCUCUUCCCGCAGGCCUUCCUCAAUCGGUUCAAGAUGACGAUAAUGUUUGUCAGGCAUGUUCUGACAGACUGGUCAUCGACUGAGGUGAGCAGCCUGAAGAAUAAUUUAUGUUCACUGAUGUUAUACCAGGUCCUGGGGAACUUUCAACUCGUGGUCCCCCUAUAUGUAGUUAACUACAGGCCAUCACUGCCAAAAACUACAAAUCUUCAGCAUGUUGGCAACUGUCCGUGUUCUAAUGCCCUAAUAAAGACUGGUAAAUCGUGUGCGUGUUAUACACUAUUGCAAUCUUCUGAAUUACUAAAAAAAAUACUUUUGUCGAAUUUCAGUUGCAAGCCUAGACAACCUAACGUUUCUUUUUAAUGAAUCAGGAAGCCCAUGGCGAACUUAGUCUAAUACACGGGAAGCCGCAGUCUCUAAUGCUAUGGGGAGUGCACAAAAUCGGCCGCCAAGAUGCGAUGAGAGGAGGACAUGCCCCUGCCCACAUGAUAGGACGAGCGUUUAAAAAUACAAGGAAAGGGGAGCUGCUGCUUUGGUUGCUUUUGUUAACACUGAUCAGAUUAUUAUUGCGAUUUCCUUCCUUGCCUUUUCCUUUCCCUUUCCUUUUGUUUUUUGCAGUGUUCUGUCUAUCCGUAACAAAAACGUUCUGUUGGCUAGGCAAAUUUCAAGUUAUUGCAAUUGAAAUUCGACAAUAGUAUUUUUCAGGGUGUCUACCAACCUGGAAAACAGGGAAUUGUCAGGGAAUUUGGCCAAAAAGCAGCUGAAGUCAGGGAAAACCGCAGAGUAGUGCCGUGAUGAUGCGCGGCGAAUCGCGAUCGAGCGCCGUCUGGUGGUUGAG